AGUGUUCAAGAGCAAAUUAAAGGAAUUAAUAGAAGAUAUUGAUAAACGACAUAUUAUGGGAGUUUAUGUUGCUUACGUUUACGUAAUAGAAUUUCAGAAAAGAGGACUUCCGCAUGCGCAUAUGUUGAUUUGGUUAGAAGAAUCAGAUAAAAUAUUGGACCCUGCAGCAAUCGACCGUUUAAUUUCAGCAGAAUUUCCCGACCCUAUCGCGCAUGCCAACUUGCACGAAUUGGUCAAAGUACAUAUGCUUCAUGGACCUUGUACCAGUGCUCGAUGCUUAGAUGAAGAAGGACAUUGCAGCAAACAAUUCCCGAAAUCUUUGCGUGAAGAUACCUUAUACAAUCCCUCUGGAUAUCCGUUAUAUAAAAGACGGCCAAUAGAAACACCUAUACAUAUAGGUCGAAGAACGGUAGAUAAUAGUUGGGUUGUACCAUAUAACGCUUAUCUACUUGAAAAAUACGAAGCUCACAUUAACGUGGAGGCUUGCUCUUCAAUGAAAAGCGUAAAAUAUUUACUUAAAUAUAUAUACAAAGGAUUUGAUAGAGCUCAAAUUGUCGUACGAACCGUGGAAGAAGACGGUCAAACAACAACUAUCCAGGAACCUAUGUACAACGAAAUUCAAAUGUUUCUGGACGUUCGCUAUGUUAGCGCGCCUGAGGCGAUGUGGAGGAUUUAUACAUUCGAAAUGCACGAUAUGUCUCAUGCUAUUAUUAAACUCUUUGUACAUCUUCCGAAUAUGCAACAAGUCUAUUUUAAUACAAAUAGUACCAUUCCUGACGUCGUAGAAAGGGCCGCAACACAACACACUACGUUAACAGGAUGGUUCGCCUUAAAUACCCAAGAUGAAGAAGCUAGACAAUACACAUACGUACAGAUACCUUAUAACUAUGUGUGGAAAAUAACACAAACAAGAAUCUGGGUAGAACGUCAACGUCAUUUUAAUCGUAUAAUUCCUAGAUUAUAUUUUGUACAUCCUAGAGAAGGUGAAAGAUUUUAUCUUCGUCAACGUCUUUUGCAUAAAACAGGAUGUAGAUCAUUCGAAGACAUUAGUACUGUACAUGGCCGUACGUACGAAACGUUCCGUGACGCUGCUAUUGCGAUGAACCUUCUCACGGACGAUAGUAUUUGGUUCACCAUGUUGCAAGAAGCUAUACACGUACAACUUCCACGAGCUCUUCGUCAUUAUAUACGACGCUUAAAUGAUAACGACCUAGCCUACAACUAUGCCUUGGCUUACAUCAAUCGAUACCUAGCACUACAAGGCAAAUCAAACAGAGACUUUCAACUGCUCUUACCCACUGAACCAGUAGAACACCUAAUCGAAGAUGAAUACGAUUAUGAUCAAUCAGAAGAACAAGAAAUUGCUAAUAGGAACAUUCCCCUUUUAAACCAAGAGCAACGACGUAUUUUUACCGAUAUACUUUUAGCCGUAAACGAAAAUGAAAGAGUUUCACAUCGUCUUUUCUUUAUUAAGGGAAUUGGAGGUGCAGGAAAAACAUUUCUAUUGAAUACACUACUGACUUACCUACUAGGAAAUAAUCACCGUUACAUUGCUAUCUGUUAUACAGGUAUCCCAGCCAGCUUACUGAUAAAUGGCCAAACGAUUCAUCCUGCUUUUAUGUUACCGGUUCCAUUUCUAGAAAAUUCAACGUCAAGGAUUCGCAAUCAAAGUGCGAUUGCUGAUAAUAUUAGAUAUUCAAAAAUUAUUGUCAUUGAUGAAAUAUCGAUGGUACAUAAAAGUAUAUUUAAUGAAAUAGGUAGGAAGAUAAGAGAAAUAAUGAACAAUGACAUUCCACUUGGCGGCAAGAUUAUUAUAAUUCUAGGCGAUUUCAGGCAAUGCGCACCUAUCGUUCCAUUGGCCGGCAAAAAUGAAACUAUUUCUGCAUCAGUGAAAUGUUCCCAACUAUGGCAACACUUUGUUAAGUACGAUCUUCUUACGAACGUUAGAGCACUGCCACAGCAAAACGAGUUCAAAGAUUGGCUCAUGACCAUAGGAAAUAAUUCCGAAAUUUUACGUCACUUAGAAAAUGGCAGAGAUACUAUAGUCAAAGUUCCUAACCAUAUUAUUGUAGAAAAUGUUACUGAAAGCAUUUACGGUAGCAAUUUAAUUGAACACGAUUUCCGUUAAACAUUCAUGUGAAGGAUAUCAAUGCAGUUGUUUUAGAAAAACUGCCAGGCAGAUCACGACAAUAUAUAGUGUUGAUAGUAUUAUCCGAGAAGACGAUACAACUGAAAAUGCUGCUGAUGAUUUAGAUUCCGCAUGUCCACAAGACUUUUUAAAUUCUUUGGAUGCUCCAAGACUUCCUCCCCACA